UGUUGUGAUUAGUUCCUCUUCGAGUUUCCUCGGGUGCACGCAAGGUCCUCUAGGUGUGCACAGGUAAAAGCAAUAAUGAAGGGAACGAUCGAGUUGAACAAUGUAAUUAUAUCGGAGGAGAGUGUGAAGGAAAUUUGUGAUGCAGCUAACGGUGGGAAAUUGAAGACACUUUCUUUGCGCGAUUGUGAAAUUGACGAGACAUUUUGCAGCUCUAUUUUGAAGGCAGUUGGAGCUUGCAAGUCAAUUUUGCAGUUAAGCUUGUGCGUUGGCAUGGUAAAAACUAAAAAAGAUGUUUCAGCACUUUGUAGGUGCUUACAGAAAAACAGAUCUCUACUCGCUUUGUUCAUCCAUGGUAAUCCCCUAAAGGAUUCAGGUAUGCAGAGAAUCUGUGGAGAAUUAAUCCAUCAUCCACACAUUGCAACUCUUGAUGUCAGUGACUGUGAAUUAACAGACCAGUCUAUGGAGUACCUGUGUAAUCUAUUACCAAAGACUGGCACAAAAUCAGGUUUGAAAGACCUUUCCCUCAGUGCUAAUCCUGGAAUAUCACAGAAAUCCUGGACAAAGUUUGCUGCUUCACUAGCAGCCAGCAGCAAUCUUCGUGAGCUCUAUCUAGAUUACAAUAACCUUGGUGACUAUGCAGCUAGUUGUAUCGUGAUUGGGCUUACUGGGUCACAAAAUCUUCAGGUCCUUGAUUUAGAAGGCACAAACAUUGGAGACUCCACAGCUGAGUUGAUUGAGCAUUUACUUGAAAAGUUUCCCUCCCAGCUUCAUAAAGUGGUGCUGAAAGAAAAUAAAAUAAACAGCAAUAUCAUAGAAAAGAUUUCUUCCUUUCUGGAUGAAAGUGACGACAUUUCUGACACAUUUAGCAUUCAAUCCAUGAAACUAAGAACAAAAUCAUCUGGUAAAACUUCAAAGUCCAAAACUUCCACACAGAAGAGCUCCACCCUGAAAGACAGCACUAGAGAGGAUGAGUUAUCAUCAGAGGAUGAAAAAACUGAUAAAGAAAAAGAAGAAGAAAGUGAUAUGAAAGACACUGUGAAAACUGAUGAAGAUUAUCGUGUGCUGGCGAUGGCUUUGGAGGAGGGACUGAGCACCGGGAAGAUCAGUGCCCUGUCUGGAACCAUGGAGGAAGAUAAUGAAGAGGAGGAGCUUACAGAAGUCCCGGUGACAUCACAAAGUCCUGUGAUACGAUUCACAGAGAACAAACCACAGACUUGCUCUGCAGAGGACUUUGGUGAUGAAGGAGAUGAACUUAAAGAAAUCCCCCUUUUUCAACAUGCCACUAUUUGACAAGCCGGAAUAUUUUUAUUGUCAACAUAAUAUAUGUCUUAAAUUGAUUAAACAAAUUGUUUUAAACAUUGAAAAGAAUUUGCCAUCUUGUCACCUUUGAAAUGUCACAAGAUCUAUAGCCCUAAUAAAUAUUAGUGAUGAA